AUGAAUGAAAGGCUUGAAAAGGUUGGAGGAUCUAAAAAUAAUAUUACAAUAUUGGUAGAUCAAAUGGAACAUGCUAUUGAUAGUUAUCAUGAAAUUAAAGAUGAUAUAAGAGAUUCAUUUCAUUUAAAAAUGUUAAAAUCUCAAUUGGACGACCUAUCAACACAUGCUAGGGACACAAGAAGCACAAGUGAUAGAUUGAUAAGCUCUCCCGAUUACAUUCUUUGCACUAAUAAUUCCACAGUUGCCAAGAUGCUCGUGGAAAUAAAAGCGCGUCAUAAUCUGAAUUUAAGGGAUCAUGACCUGUGGAAAUUUACUGACAUGCUGACUGGGUUCCAGCAGAUCCAAUCUUUAGAUUAA